AUUUUUUAGCAUCCCUACAUAAACUCGUCAAAUUUUACCCCAUUAUGUCUGAAUUUUUUUGUAUUGCAUGAAGCCAUCAUAUGUUUUGUUUGGAAGAAGAAACCAUCAUAUGUUGGUGAAGCAGCUUGAAGAUGGAGUUGUUAACUUAGUGAAAGCUGCAGAUGAGUGUACUCAUCUUUCGAGCAGUAUCCAAUCUAUAGGAAAAGAUUACCAGCCUGCAGCUGAGCUAACUAACUUCAGUAAGCUCUUCGAUAAGAAAAUCAAAAGAUCAAAGGCUGAUGUGUCAUCUGUCUCACAGAGCCAGUUAUGGUUACGACAGUUCCGUGAAGCUAUCUGGAAAGUUCAUCACGAAGGACAACCUAUGCCAGGUGAAGAGCAAGAGGACAUAAUAAUGACCAGCACGGAGUGCACUAUUUUAAAUGCCACCUGUCCACUGACAGGAAAACCUAUCACUGAACUAGCGGAACCUGUUAGAAGCAUGGAUUGCAAGCACAUAUAUGAGAAGAAGGCUAUCAUGCAACAUUUAGGACGAGAACCGCACAGAUCCGUUGCCGGUGACAGGUUGCCCGAAAAAAUUGGUGGUAGACAGAGUGGAUUGCGACCCCUUUUUACUAAUGGAAAUUGA